GUUACAAGUUUAAUUGCAUUUGCAGCACCCAUAAAGAGAUCGACAGAGCGCUUCUCCCACUUAGUUAUAUUUAUUUAUAUAUAUAUAUAUACACAGCAAAGAAUGAUAGGAAGAUCGACACAUAUACGGAGGCAGUAAAGAUGAUGAUGAUGACGAGAAAGGCUCUGCCUUUUGUUCAUCUGGUAGCCGUAAUGUUCAUGGCGCUGCUGAUCAUCAUUCUGUCUUCAGCAGUUCCAGCAGAGUCCACCCGCAAACUCCUGCAACGCGGUGAACGGAUUGUAGGAUAUUCCAAAGUGUCAUUGGGAUCCCCCAACGGUUGUUCUCAUGUGGGAGGAAGUGUCUCGUGCAUUGGCCGACAUGGAUAAGAUUGUUGUGGAUUCAUGGAUUGUAUAUUGGUACGUGUUAUAUAUGCAUUUUGUUCAAUCAAUAAUGUGAAGAAUUAUCUUUACUUUUGGACCAUCAAUGGUAAUCAAAUGGUUCUCUUUUCAUGACCAAAUACAACAUAAAGGAUAUGGAAAAUAUUCAUACAAAGAGUAAUUUAGGUCAUGAAAGGAAAAUCACGAUAGGUAACAGGAUUAUAGUCCGAAUAGUUAAAGAUGUUAUUUGAAAAAGGUUUCAAGUUCAAUUUUUGGCAUUCGCUUAAUUAAUUGCAGGCUUAUAAAAUGGCCAGCUGAUAGAAAGUUUUCAGAAAAUAAUUAUAAAAUUAUGAUAAAAUGAACUCGAACUUGACAAACAAUUCUGAAUGUACAAAUCAUUAGUGCAAUAUCUUUUUUUACAAACGUUAGUGCUAUCUUCUUUUGUAUUACUAAAUGGAUCAACUACGUACAUUACUCUCUUUUUUUUUUGUUGUUAUUUUUUGUUUCAUGUUUCUUUGUCCUUAUCACUUUAAUCGAGUUGUCCAUUUAGGCUCAUUUGCUUGUUGGAUUUGAAAAUUAUUGUUUGCUUGUGGGAUUUGGGUGAUGUAUUUGGCAUCUAAAUCUCAAGCAUUAUGUAUUUGCAAAAAAAAAAACAUUCUUUGUUGAGGUAUACAAAUCCGUGAGCCCCACGUAUUUGCAAAUACCACAUUUUAUUUGGUAUUUGGUCAUGGAAGACAGAGAUUUGUGAAUCAUGGUACAAAACAUUUAACAAUGUUAUCUUUCAAAUUUAAAUGCAAUAAUUCCAUUGUAAAUCUAAAUGUUUUCAAAAGUCAAAAUAAUACAAAAGCCCUCUCAUCAAUAGCGUUCUAAUAUUAUUGGUUGACUAUCACGUUUGGUUUUAUGUGAUGGACCAACUAUAUAAGAGAGAAAAAAACAACAUCAUCAAUGGUUCAUUUGUCCUCCCACAAGCUUAUGAAUUUAUUUGCCUAUUUGAGUAUAAGAGUAUGUUAUUAUAUGAUUAUUUACAGGUUCCAGAUAUAUGAUGGGAUAUUGUUCCUUUUAGAGUCGACAUAAAUAUUUUUUCAAUUUGAUUAACAACAUGAAAAAUGACAGAAUUAGGGUGAUCGAAUUGCAGGAACCGAAAUUGGAUAUGGCGCUCGAGUAAGCUUGUCGCGUCCGGGAGGACAUGGAUAAUUAAGGUCGAUCGUUUGAUCGUGUUUGUAUGUACCUAUUUUGCACGUUUUUUUCGUUUGAUAAAUAACUUUACCAUAAGGACUUAAUUUGCAUGGCUACAAUCAAACAUAUACUGUAUCGUGUUUCAUUUCAAGAACUUAAAGAAUCCCAGAGGUCAAUUCAAUUGGCUUCACUCAAUCACAUUACCGCAAAGAUCAGGGUGGGAAACUUGUAAUUUUACAUGAUGCAUCCGUCGAUCGAUUCAUCUCAUAUAUGUUCUCAUUGGCAUUUUAUGGGCACGACAUAUGUGUUCAAUCUGCAAGCAUUUGAAUCUCUCUUGUUACGGCUGUCGUCGUCUUCCCUACAUACAUACCGUUCGCUUACAAAAGGAUGUGCAUAUCGUUAACAACCUAAGACAAACAAGAAAAUGACAAUAACUCGUCGCUUAAUGCAUGUACGUCCUCAACGUGCAAGCGACUCGGUCAAAAGCACAUCGACCAAAUCAAUCACGGGUUAAAUGCCACAUUUGGUCACCGAAAUUACUAAAUCGUGUCAUGUUUA